CCGAGCCAUGGUUGCGCGCUUGCUGGCUGGGCUCUGCCUCUUCGCUGCCUGCGCGCCGUCGGGCGCCUUCACGCCGCCGGGCGCGCUGAGCGCCGUCACGAUGCCCGCGACGCACGCCGCCGUCGCCCGGCCCGCCGUGAGUGGAGCCGUGCGCACAUCAUUGCCGACGAUUGUGAUGGCCGUGCCGAAGAAGCGCCAGUCUAAGAUGAAGACGCGGCAGCGGAAGGCCAAUUGGUUCGCCAAGGCCAGGCGCCAGGCCACGCUCGCCCUCUCGCGCGGCAAGUCUGCCAAGUAUGACCCCCUCGAGGACCCGAAGUACUCGUUUGAUGCCGUGGAGGAUGACGACGAGGAGGAGGACGAGGACGAGGAGUAGACGGCCGCCGUCCCCUACCGCUCGCUUCCGCCGUGGAGGGCCCGCACUGUGUUCAGCGCGGACGUGGCUAGGUCUGCGUGAAUCGCUUAAAUAGCUGCACACACGACGCUCACAAAAGCGCGCGCUCUGUCGACUCUAUUCCUCGUUUUGCCUGUGUUGUACUGUAAACGACCGCGUCACGAGUGCGCCCGUC